AUGACAUCAAGUUGAAGAAGAGUUGGCUGUGAACUUCCGCAACACUGCUCUCUACUUUCUGUAUUACCUACUAAUACUAAUAGGCCUUCAAGCUAAUACUUUCCAGAUACUCAUUGCAUUGCAGGAAAGGCGUCAAAAGCACAGCAGGCUUUCCUGAAUCUCAGUCACAGCCGGCGAACUAUGGCGACAAUUGGCGCAGUGUUGCGUGAAAUCGCUGCAGUAAGCGAUCAGAAGAUGAAGAUUGAGCGCUAUAAAAAGGUGCUGGAGUCGGUUCUUGCCCGCAAUCACGCAGAAGAUGCGAAGGCCUUCGUUGAUCACAUGGUGUCGGACGACGUCCCGCUGGUUGCUUCGCGGCAGCUGCUGCAGCAGUUUGCCACCUCCCUGCCCACGCUGCAGCCGCAGGUGCACAAGGCGGUGGCGCACCACGCCCUCACCAAGAUCCAGCCGCGCGUCGUGUCAUUCGAAGAUCAGGUUUCGACCAUCCGAGAGGGUGUUGCCUCCAUCUAUGAGAGAGAUGAGGAAUGGACGCAAGCGGCUCAAAUGCUGAGUGGGAUUGACCUGGACACAGGCAUGAGGGUGGUGGACGAUCGGUACAAGCUGGAGAAGUGCAUCCACAUCGCCAUGCUCUACCUGCAGGAUGAUGAUGCUGUGAAUGCAGAGACGUUCAUCAAGAAAGCCUCGUUUCUGGUCAACAGCUGUAAAGAGGAGGCGCUCGAACUGCAGUACAAGGUGUGCUACGCGCGCAUCCUGGACGCGAAGCGCAAGUUCCAAGAGGCGGCGCUGCGCUACUAUGAGCUGUCGCAAUGGGAGAAGACGAACACGGUUGCCAACCGCGUGGACGAGGGUGACCUGCAGCAGGCGCUGACUGCGGCCGUGACGUGCACCAUCCUGGCCGGGGCAGGCCCCCAGCGCUCGCGCAUGCUGGCCACCCUCUACAAGGACGAGCGGUGCGCGGCCCUGCCGGUGUACCCCAUCCUGCAGAAGGUGUACCUGGAGCGCAUCUUGCGCCAGGCCGAGGUGGCGGCCUUUGCGCAGGACCUCAAGCCCCACCAGCAAGCGCUGACCGCGGACGGGUCGACGGUGCUGGCGCGCGCGGUGAUUGAGCACAACCUGCUGAGUGCGAGCAAGCUGUACACCAACAUCACCUUCCUCGAGCUCGGCGCCCUCCUCGGCAUUGCCCCCGACAAGGCCGAGAGGAUUGCUGCGCGCAUGGUUGCGCAGGACCGCAUGAAGGGAUCCAUCGAUCAGGUCGAGGGCAUCAUCCAGUUCGAGACGGAGACGGAGGAGAUCAAACAGUGGGACCACCAGAUCGCAGCGGUGUGCUUUGCGGUCAACGGUAUCCUAGACAACAUGCAAAAAAAAGGAAUGGCAAUAGCAGUCUGAGCAUUGCAGUUUGACAUACGUGAUGGGAGAGAUCAGCGCCAGGAAUUGGUAAACUGUAGAAGAAGAGCAUGCGACCAGGAAAAUGAGGUAGAGUGUACUUCGAACCUGCAACAGCAACGGCAGAAGGCAAGGUGUAUCACAGUAGAUCCUGGCAGAAAUUCGUGGAGGCUUUUGUCACGUCAUGAUGGCUUUCAUGAAUAACACUAACAAUAUUGAUCCACGACAUGUUUGCUGGUAAUAGCCUCACAAUGCAUCAUCUAAAGGAAAGUUCUUGCAAGUUGAGUCCGAUGGCCUUGAUCC